UCAAAAAGACAGCAUUGAACCAAUGGUCUUAGAUUAAAAAAUAAAUAAAUAAAUGAACGUCUUGUUUGUAAGGGUGCACUUUGUGAGUUAACGUAAACAAAAAUCUUGGCAGAGACACAGGCUACUCCAGAGCAGCCGCAGCCAGUGGAGAAAUGGAGAUGCAGACCUAUCACGCCAAGCUCCUGGGGGAGUUGAAUGAACAGCGGAAGAGGGACUUCUUCUGCGACUGCAGCAUCAUUGUGGAAGGGCGCAUCUUCAAGGCCCACAGGAAUAUCUUGUUUGCUAACAGCGGCUACUUCCGGGCCCUGCUCAUGCACUAUAUCCAGGACAGCGGGCGCCAUAGCACGGCCUCCUUAGACAUCGUCACCUCUGAAGCCUUCUCCACCAUCCUGGACUUCCUUUACUCUGGGAAGUUGGAUUUGUGCGGGGAGAAUGUCAUCGAAGUCAUGUCAGCUGCCAGCUACCUGCAGAUGAAUGACGUGGUGAAUUUCUGUAAGGCCUACAUCAGGUCUUCCCUUGACAUUUGCCGGAAGAUGGAGAAGGAGGCCGCGGUGGCAGCUGCGGUGGCGGCGGCGGUGGCGGCUGCAGCCCACCAGGUUGACUGCGGAAGCCCCAGCUCGGGCAAGGAGGGGGCCUCCUGCGGCAGCAAGAGCGUGGCCUCCUCCCCUGCCAAAGGCAAAGCGAGCGUGGACUACAGAAGACGGUCCCCGAGCGACGACUGCGGGGACUGCCACCGCUUGGAGCUGGCGGAGAAACACAGCCGUGGCAGAGGCUCGGCUGACAGCGACCGCUCCGUUCCGUCCAAACAAGUAGAGCCCAAGGAGGAAUUCGACGCUGCCGAGGUGGAGGCGGAGGUUGGGGAGCAGCUGCAGCCGCUCACAGCCCCGCUGAGCCUGCCGGGCAGCCGCACCCUGGACUUGGCCUACGGGAACUGCCACGUGAAGCAGUUCCUGGAGGCUCUCUUGCGCAGCGGUGCCGUCCAGAGCAAAGAUGAUGCGAACCACCCCUUUGCUCGAGGCUUGGAGCGAAGACCGGAAGGAGCGGGAGUAGCCACGAGCUCCAUGGUGGACGCCCAGACGGACUGGUACGGAGAGGACUCAGGUGAUGUGCUGGUGGUUCCCGUCAAGCUGCACAAGUGUCCUUUCUGCCCGUACACUGCCAAACAGAAAGGCAUCCUCAAGCGCCACAUCCGCUCCCACACAGGCGAACGGCCCUACCCCUGCGAGACCUGUGGCAAGAGGUUCACCCGACAGGAGCACCUGCGGAGCCACGCCCUGAGCGUCCACAGAUCAAAUCGUCCGAUCAUCUGCAAGGGCUGCAGAAGAACCUUCACCAGCCACUUGUCUCAGGGGCUGCGGCGCUUUGGGCUAUGUGACAGCUGCACCUGUAUCACAGAUGCUCAUGAGGAUGAUGAUGACCUGAUGCCCAUUAACCUUAACCUGGUGGAGGCUUCCUCCGAAAGCCAGGAGAAGGGUGACGCAGACAAUGACUGGCCGAUCUAUGUGGAGUCUGGUGAGGAGAACGACCCUGCCAGAGAGGGCUCUGAUGACAGGCCACAAAUUCGGUCCGACUUAUCAGACCACCAGACACUUACAUAGCAAUAAAUUGGAAGGGAAGACAUUCUGCAGUGAAAGCCACCAUUCGUCUGAUUUUGUGGAACCCUAAAAGGAACAUUGUGUUCACUGUCACUGUAAUUGCUUCUU